AUGGCAAGCACUACUUCAAUAUCAACAACUCCAAGUUCUGUAACCCACAGUUUUGGCCGAAGUUCUCUCUUCGCAUCAAACCCCAACUCUUCAAUGAUAUCAAUUCAUUUCAAACCAAAGGGGUUUGAAUAUUGGAGAAAUAACAAGACAUCAAAUACAUGUUUGGUCGUGCAAAGGAGAGCAGAGGAUUCUGUCGAGGUUAAAGAUAAUAGCGAAGUACCCACUUUAGAUGAUGUCAAAGCGGUUUCACGUGUGGAGGAGAGAUUAGCAAGAAAGAAAUCAGAGAGAUAUACUUACCUUGUUGCUGCAAUCUUGUCUAGUGUUGGUAUCACUUCAAUGGUUGCCAUGGCCGUUUAUUACAGAUUUUCAUGGCAAAUGGAGGGUGGAGAGGUUCCUUUGCUGGAAAUGUUUGGUACAUUUGCUCUGUCCGUCGGAGCUGUGGUUGGAAUGGAGUUUUGGGCACGGUGGGCUCAUAGGGCAUUGUGGCAUGCUUCCUUGUGGCAUAUGCACGAGUCUCAUCAUAGACCAAGGAACGGUGCCUUUGAACUAAAUGACGUUUUCGCAAUAAUAAAUGCGGUUCCAGCAAUUGCACUAUUUUCCUAUGGUUUCUUCAACAAAGGGCUUCUGCCUGGACUCUGUUUCGGUGCGGGUGUUGGAAUCACAGUGUUUGGGAUGGCCUACAUGUUUGUACAUGAUGGUCUUGUCCACCGUAGAUUCCCUGUAGGACCCAUUGCAAAUGUUCCUUAUUUAAGAAAGGUUGCUGCAGCCCACCAACUUCAUCACGCAGAUAAAUUUAUUGGGGUUCCUUAUGGACUGUUUUUGGGACCUAAUGAACUAGAAGAGGUGGGAGGUUUAGACGAGUUGGAUAAGGAGGUUCAAAGAAGGAUUAAAGCAUCUGGAUAG